AUGUCGAUAGACGGGACUAUAAACCAGCCUUUAGACAAGAUUUGUCCUUCCUGUAACUUCCCAGCGUUGUUGGAUAAGGGUGUGUCGCUGUUCAGCUGUCCCAACCCUCGCUGUCGAAAGGAGAGCUGCAGGAAGUGCCGUGUCCAGUGGAAGGAGCAUGCUGGGAAGUCAUGUGACCAGGUCAUGGAACGAGAUGAGAUACGCAUGAGGGUGGCCUUUGAGGAGCGGAUGACAGCAGCUCGGGUCAGGAAGUGUGUGAAGUGUGGAACAGGUCUGGUGUUGGGCGCUAACUAGGGUCCUAACUAGGGUCCUAACUAGGGUCCUAACCAGGGUCCUAACUCCUCUCUAUCCCCUACAGUGUGGAACAGGUCUGGUGUUGGGCCCUAACUAGGGUCCCAACUAGGGUCCUAACUCCUCUCUAUC